GGUUAUUUUUAUGGCUUUUCCCCUCCUUUCUUCUUCAAAUUAACCACCCAAUUAACCCUUGUCGUACUAUUCACUUCAAAGCCCCUCUCAUGGAUCCCGACAGCUCAAACGACGGCGCCAUCAUCAUCGCCAUGCCCGACGCCGAUCAGAACAGCCCCCCGGAAAUCACGGAUGUCCAGAUUCUGACUGCAGACAAGGAGGCCGCCGCCGCCGCCGCCGCCGCCAAGAAACAGUUGGCCCUGGCCCCAAAGAGAGGCUCCAACAAAGACCGGCACACAAAGGUCGAGGGCCGAGGGCGCCGGAUCAGGAUGCCGGCGACCUGCGCUGCCAGAAUCUUCCAAUUGACCAGAGAAUUGGGCCACAAAUCCGACGGAGAGACCAUCCAGUGGCUGUUGCAGAUGGCCGAGCCCUCCAUAAUCGCCGCCACCGGCAGCGGCACUAUGCCGGCCUCGCUUGUGUCCUCCGCCGGCGGCGCCGCUCUUUCCCACCCUGGAAGCUCUGUGCCGGCGGCUGGUGGUGGAGAUUUUGGGUUUCAGAACACGUCGUCAUCGUCGGCGGUAGCUAAUUACUUGGGAAGUGGAGGCCCAUCAAAUGAUGACAUGCAUAAGAUGGGGGUUUGUGGGGGUGAUUUGUGUCCGUAUGCGAUAAGUUUCAACUCCAUUUGCGCUGGGCUGGAUCUUGGGCUCUCUCAAGACGGCCAGCUUGGGGUUCUGAGUCCUCGUGCCUUGAACCAGAUGUACCAGUCCCGAAUGCUGCAGCAGCCAUCUUCUUCCAAGGAUAAUUAAUUAAUCCUCAAGGUUCAGCAGGACAGUAAUGGAUAAAGAUAGAUAUAUAUAUAUAUGUAAUUCAACUUGGCUGGAACAUUAAAUUUAGCUGCAGCUUUAAAGA